AUGACACUUUGCAACGGCAUCGUCCAAGACCGGAGUGCAUUCCAUCUGCUCGGCCACCCGCUACCAGCACUAAUCGACUUAGCUUCGACCUCAGGGACCACUGUCGAUCUAUUCACACUAUCUUUCCGACAGCCAAUACUUUUGUUCCUCCACGCAUCCCUCUCCACCCCUCUUGGCACCACCCCUUCUUCUUGGUCUUCUAUCCCCGGUGCAUCUGGAUCUACUCGUUCUUUGGCUGCCCUAAACACCCACCUGCCGAAUCUACUCGCAAAGGAAAAGGGAUUGGUGGUGUUCGGACUCUCAACGCAACCCCACUCGGAACAGAAGCAAGCAAAACAAAGAUUAGGACUCAACUUUGAUUUGUUGUCCGACGAAAAACAAGAUUUGCUCAGCGCCCUGCAUCUACCGACGUUCGAAGCGAAGGAAGAGCCGGGAAGGAGGUAUGUUAAGAGGAUGACGCUACUGUUGAGAGGUGGGCAAGUGACAAGGCUGGACUAUCCAAUCGAAAGCCCUGAGGAAGCUCCGCUUAGGGCUGAGGCCUUGUUGAAGAGUGAGGAGGAGUUAAUGUUGGAGGUUGAAGCGCGAGAUGCUGCUAAUGCUGCCGCAGGCAGGGCACAAACAUCAUCAUAG